AUGUCAGCCAUCUUCCCUCCUCAGACAGGAGGCAAGCACGCUGUGUUCAAACCUGGGCAGGCGCCGGAGGAGGAGCUUGAGUUGGACUACAUCCAUGGCUGUCACUUUGAGGCGUCCUGCAGCAACCUGCUCGUCACCAGGCUCCUCCAUGUCGUCUACUCCCUCGCCAACAUCGCCAUCGUGCACGACUCGUCCUCCUCCUCCCAACGGUUCUGCUGGGGACACACAGACAGGGUACUGAGCAUGGCGCUGCAUCCGGACCAGAGGCUCUUUGCGACGGGGCAGGCGGGGCCGGACCCCUUGGUGUUCAUCUGGGACAGCGAGGAGGAGGAGGUGAAACAGGUGGAGUCGAGCAGAGUCAAGUCUGUCAGGCAUGUCUGGCAACAUGUCAGUAACCGAGUGGUGGACGUCAGCUCGCUCUGCUUCGCGUCCAACGGCCGAUACCUUGUGGUCCUGGGCGGCGAGACGCAGGUGGCAGUCUGGGACUGGAGGGUUUCCUCCUUGGUUGCUUGCGCCUCUGGG